AUGCCGAGAAAUCGCCUAUACUAUUUCUGGGAUGUUGAGGUUUUCAUGGGUUUUGUGGGUGACUUAACUGCAGUUUUGAUGGCUACGGACUCUGAUAACAAACGUGUUGAAGUCAUUUUAUGCAGAUAUGAUAAAUGGGCCGGCGGAGGGGCAGCAUCCUGUAGUAACAACUUGUACGACAGCUUGAGAGUUAUAGACUCACUCCAUCCGGGGGGAAAACUUCUUUGGUCUCUGUUUGAGCCUGCUUGUUGUUCGCUUUGUACAGCGGAAUCGGAGAAAAUAAAUUCAGUUGGGACUCUUCCGAGCACACAUGAUUCACAUUCAGAGAAGGAGACGGAGUGGGAGAAGUUACUUAAACCUUUUGAUUUGGAAGAACUACGAAAGUCACUUACGGGGAUUUCACCCUAUCAGCUUUGCAAAUUGCUUGUGCUUCCGAUUGAUGUGUCGAUGUCGAUGGAGUUAUUUGAGCGGGCAGGUGCCCAGAAGAAUUAUUCCCACACAUAUGAUGUAUACUGUAUCUUGAUUGAUAAGUUGGGUGCGGCAAAAGAGUUUAAGAUUAUUGAUAGACUUUUGUUGCAAAUGAAAGAAGAACAGAUUACUUUUAGGGAGUCCCUUUUUCUAAUGAUUAUGAAGCACUAUGGAAGAGCUAGUUUGCCUGGACAAGCUACAAGGUUGCUCUUGGAUAUGAGAAGUAUUUAUUCUUGUGAACCAACGUUUAGGUCGUAUAAUGUUGUUUUGGACAUACUAGUAGCUGAGAACUGUCCAAAUGUUGCACCCAAUGUUUACUAUGAGAUGUUGAGUAAAGGAGUUUCUCCUACUGUUUAUACUUUUUUUGUGGUGAUGAGGGCCCUUUGCAUUAUUAAUGAGGUGGAUUCGGCAUUAUCUCUAUUGAGGGACAUGACAAGACAUGGCUGUGUGCCUAAUUCGGCAGUGUACCAGAUUCUUAUUCAUGCACUUUCCAAGAGGGAAAGAGUUGAUGAUGCAUUGAAAUUACUGGAUGAGAUGUUCCUUAUGGGUUGCAGACCUGAUGUUCAGACCUUCAAUGACAUUUUAGGCAGUUUGUGUAAGUUCAACCGGAUUCAUGAGGCAGCUAAACUGUUUGACCGCAUGCUUCUUCGAGGGUUUGCCCCUGAUGGUUUCACUUAUGGGGCUCUGAUUCAUGCUCUAUGCAAGGUGGGAAAAGUUGAUGAAGCGAGGGCUUUAUGGGACAAAAUACCCAGUUCAGAUGUUGUGCUUUUUAAUACUAUGUUGAGUGGAUAUGUGAUGAACGGACGAUUUGAUGAAGCGAAGUCUCUGUUCUGUUGCCUUUUGGAUAGUCCCCACAAGCCUGAUGUCUUCUCAUACAACAUACUAAUCUAUGGACUUUGUAAGAAGGGGCAUUUGCACUCUGCACGGGAUUUGAUAAAUGGGAUGGAAGAUAAUGGUUGCGAGCCAAAUGUGGUUACAUACACAAUUUUGAUUGAUGCAGUCUGCAAACUAGGUUACCUAAAUGAAGCUAAUUGUCUUCUGACUGAGAUGACAGGGAAGGGAAUCAAUCUGAAUGUAGUGGGAUACAAUUGUCUCAUAUGCGCUCUUUGUAAGGAAAGAAGAAUUGCUGAAGCCCUGAAAAUGUACAACGAAAUGACAGACAAAGGAUGUAAGCCUGACAUAUAUACAUUCAAUUCUUUAAUAGAUGGACUGACCAAGGAUGAUAAGGUGGAACAGGCCUGGGGAUUGUACCAUGACAUGUUACUAGCAGGAGUGGCUGCUAAUACGGUUACCUAUAAUAUAUUGACGCAUGCCUUCUUAAAGAGAAAUGAGAUUCAAGAAGCUCUUAAACUUGUAAAUGAAAUGAUAUUUAGAGGGUGCCCUCUUGAUAAUAUCACUUAUAAUGGCCUGAUUAAGGCACUCUGUCAGGCUGGUGCUAUUGAUAGAGCAUUAGGAUUAUUUGAAGAAAUGACCAGAAAAGGACUUCAUCCCAAUAACAUCUCUUGCAAUAUUUUGAUUAAUGGCCUUGGUCGAACUGGAAGAGUACAAGAAGCACUUGAGUUUUUAAGGGAUAUGAUUCACCAAGGCUUGACACCUGACAUUGUAACAUAUAACAGCCUACUGAAUGGCCUAUGCAGGGCAGGCCGCAUGCAUGAGGCUUUAAAUCUGUUUGACAGAAUAAAACUUGAAGGAAUUUGCCCAGAUGUUAUUACAUAUAACACUUUGAUCAGUUGGCAAUGCAAGGAGGGGUUGUUUGAGGCUGCAUGUUUAUUCCUACAAGGUGGAAUAGAGAGUGGAUUUUUGCCCAAUCAUUAUACGUGGCAAAUUUUAGUCAACAAUUGUAUAAGCCAGAUUGAUUAUUAAGCAAUUCCUAAAAUUUGGACAAAUAUUGGAAUUCUGAUCAUGAGGGCUAUAGAAAAUUCACCAGGAAUAGGUAAUAGUCUUUGGGCACCAAAUGCAAAAGGUGCUAGAUUAUGUAGUCACUCUUGAAUCAGAUGAUCGAGUGCAUUGGUGAAGAGGCAUCAGCAAAUUAGUCAUUGAAAAUUUUUCAAGGUAUCUCUACUGCACAAACAUGUUGGUAUGGUCCAUACGCAGUUCUUUCAUUUUUCGCAUUGUCUACCUCAGGCAAGGAUUUCUUAUUCUCAGUAUCUGAUGUGCUGCUUCCCCUUGAGUUGUUAAUUCUUUAGUCACUGCUACUAGUAGUUACGUUGAAAAAUUACUUGUGGAGCCGAUGGAGCACGGAACUAAGAAUGCCUAGGUGCAUGCCCUACUUGUGGAGCCAUUGGUACACUGAACAAAGGAGGCCUAGGUGCAUAUCCUCCCUGCCUUUUCCUUUUUUCAGUUAUAGAAAACCUUGUGAGGAGGAUUGUUUGAUAAACUUGCAUUGUCGAGUAGUUAAGUGAAAACUAGCUCCAACUCUUACCGAAGUGAAUUUAGCAUCUA